CUCAACUGUCGUGACUCUUUGACAACCCAUCUCCGGUCGACAAAUUCAUCACAAUGGCUCGCGGACCUAAGAAGCACCAGAAGCGCCUUAGCGCGCCCUCGCACUGGCUGCUGGACAAGAUGUCCGGCACCUACGCGCCCAAGGCCUCUCCCGGUCCCCACAAGCUCCGCGACUGCCUGCCCCUGAUCGUCUUCAUCCGUAACCGCCUGAAGUACGCUCUCAACGGUCGCGAGGUCAAGGCCAUCAUGAUGCAGCGUCUGGUCAAGGUUGACGGCAAGGUCCGCACCGACACCACCUUCCCCGCUGGUUUCAUGGACGUCAUCUCUCUCGAGAAGACCGGCGAGCACUUCCGUCUCAUCUACGACACCAAGGGCCGCUUCACCGUCCACCGCAUCCAGGCCGAGGAGGCUGAGUUCAAGCUCUGCAAGGUCAAGCGUGUCCAGCUUGGCAAGGGCGGGAUCCCAUUCUUGGUUACGCACGAUGCGCGAACCAUCCGCUACCCCGACCCCGCCAUCAAGGUCAACGACACCGUCAAGGUUGACAUUGCCACCGGCAAGAUCGUCGACUUCGUCCGCUUCGACACCGGUGUCGUCGCCAUGGCCAUCGGUGGUCGUAACAUGGGUCGUGUUGGUGUCAUCACUCACCGUGAGCGCCACGACGGUGGUUUCAACAUCCUGCACAUCAAGGAUGCCAUUGACAACACCUUCGCUACCCGCGAGUCCAACGUCUUCGUCAUUGGCCAGGAGAAGCCCUGGAUCUCCCUCCCCAAGGGCAAGGGUGUCAAGCUCUCCAUCUCUGAGGAGCGUGACCGCCGCCGCGCCCACGCUAUCGCCAACUAAAUGUCUCACGACAUUGGCGAAUAGCAUGCUGGCUCUCAUCAGUUUCUUGACCUUACGGCUGGUGCUGAUGGUGACCAAGCAAACCCAAAAAAUAAACCACAAAACAGUAGCUGGGAAAAGGCGUCCUGUCUUGCUUAAUGGGCUUGGAUGGUGCUUCUUUCCGUAGAUUCGAACCAUAGCAAACAAAUGAGGGACGGGAUCACCGUCCUGUUUCCGAGUGAUAUGAUACCUAUUUAACGUUGUCUUUUCUUGAAUGAUUCAAUGACCGUACUUGAUUCCCAUGGCCUGCCACCUCUCCUCCCCGCGUUUGUUGAACCCACUCUACCAUACAUUACCUACCUUUGUGUCGUGUGACUAUCGAUACUAGCUAUCGCCUUGCGCCCGUCACAAACCCUUUCGUCCGUACAUUUUCACUAUUCACCAUGCGGCCCGGGAAUAUGUAGAUUACUGUUGGCGCAUUUUGAAGCCACAUCUAUGCCAGACGGCUCUCUAGACGAUGGCGUGGCCGUUCAACGAUAAUCUUUGG